AUGACUCCCUCUGGUGUAGUUGGCUUGACCUUCAACUCCAUGACAGGGCUCAACCACCCCCUUCUUCUCACCUUCUUUGACCUCAACCUCAACUGCAAUGUGGUUGCCAGGGCUGGUGUGUUGUCCUAUCAUCAUCCCAGACCCCUCAGUGUCAUUGAGAUCUACAACAACAACAACAACAUCAACAUCAAGAUCUACAACAACAAUGACAAGAACAACAACAAUGAGAAUAAGAACAACAAUGUCAACAAUAUCCUCCACAACCAUGUGCUUCUUGUUGAGGAGGGCCUUGCCCCUGGCACUCAAGUGGAGGAGACCUCAUCAUCACCAUUGUCAAUACCCCUCAGCCUCACCAAGAGAUUCAACAACAGCAACAGCAGCAACAUCAACCAUAUCAACAGCAAUGUCAACAACAUCUACCUCCUCCACAUCUAUGCACUGACUGUCAAGAAGGCCAUUGUGGAGGGCCUCACCCAUGACAGCACUUGA